GUCUACUGGUACUACUGGCUUAUUUCAGUAAUCGCUGACACCAUGGCAGCUGGUGCGUGGACAAUCCUCCCUUGUAUUCUAUGUAUGGCCAAGGGACUGGAAGACUUCCCCUUCAGAAACACCUCACUGUCAUGGAGCGACAGGGUGGAUGAUCUAGUCAGCCGUCUCUCCUUAGAAGAGAUCCAGUAUCAGAUGGCGAGGGGUGGGGCGGUUACUGAUGGCACCCCUCCUAUCCCCCGACUGGGUAUCAAGCCAUACGCUUGGAACACGGAAUGUCUGAGAGGUGAUGUGUCGGCAGGCAACGCUACAGGAUUUCCCCAGGCUCUGGGUCUUGCUGCAUCCUUCAGCCCCCGUUUGGUGUUCCAAAUAGGGGAGGCAACUGGGGUAGAAGUCAGGGCUAAGUACAACAACUACAGUAGAAGUGGCCUCCAUGGGAAACACAUGGGAGUAAGCUGCUUCAGUCCUGUCAUCAACAUUGUCAGGGACCCCAGGUGGGGCAGAAUUCAGGAAACAUAUGGAGAAGACCCUUUCCAGAGCGGAGUUCUAGCAGAUAGCUUCGUUCGGGGACUUCAGGGCAACGACACGCGCUAUGUGCGCGCAAACGCUGGAUGUAAACACUUUGCAGCAUAUGACGGGCCGGAGAAUAUACCAGUCAGAAGGCAGGAGUUUGAUGCCAAGGUAAGCGAACGUGACCUUCGAACGACCUUCCUCCCUGCCUUCAGAGCCUGUGUGAAGGCAGGCACAUACAGUCUCAUGUGUAGCUACAAUAGCAUGAACGGCGUACCGACGUGUGCCAGUAAGCAGCUCCUGAACGACAUUCUGCGAGAGGAGUGGGGUUUUAAAGGUUACGUCGUGAGCGACGGGAGUGCCAUAGAGAACAUUCUACGCGGUCACCACUACGCCGAUAACUACGUGGAUGUCGUCUCCGACUGUGUGAACGCUGGAUGCAACUUGGAAUUGAACGGAAAAUUACAAAACCUCGCAUACUUCUCAAUGAUCGAUGCAAUAAAACAAGGCAAGCUCACAGAGGAGAAAGUCAGAGAAAGUGUCAAACCCUUGUUCUACACCCGAAUGAGGUUAGGCGAGUUUGAUCCUCCGGAAAUGAACCCAUAUUCUAAACUUAACCUCUCCGUGAUUGAAAGCCAGGCUCACCAGAUGCUUGCAAUCGAGGCAGCCAUGAAGACCUUUGUUUUACUGAAGAACGAAGGACACAUGUUGCCACUGAAAAGAGACACUUUCGACAGGAUUGCUAUUGUUGGACCCAUGGCCAAUAAUUCACAUCAGUUGUCAGGGGAUUAUGCCCCGUUGACAUCCACAACCUUUAUAAAAACACCUCUCCAAGGGCUGGCUAAACUGGCGAAGUCUGUCAACUACGCAGCCGGAUGUAACGACACUUUAUGUAAAAUUUACGACGCCGCUUCCAUCAAGAAGGCAAUCGCCAUGACAGAAGUUAUAUUUGUAUGUCUCGGAACAGGAAGGGUUAUUGAAUCCGAGGACAACGAUCGCUAUGACAUCAACCUCCCCGGGUAUCAACUGCAGCUGCUUCAAGACGUCGCUGCUAAUAGAAACGAGACCCCUGUAGUUCUCCUACUGUUUAAUGCUGGUGCCCUCAAUGUGACCUGGGCUGAUCAAAGCUCAGACAUCGCCGCCAUAUUGGAAUGUUUCUUCCCAGCACAGGUAACAGGGGAGGCAUUGAGACGUGUAAUCAUUAACGAAGGUCCAGGAUCGAAUCCUGCCGGUAGAAUGCCUGCUACUUGGCCCGCCUCAGAAGGUCAGAUCUUUAAUAUUACCGAAUAUUCAAUGGAAGGGAAGACGUAUCGGUACUUCAAGGGAGAUCCUCUGUACCCUUAUGGCUACGGAUUGUCUUACACUCAGUUUGAAUACUUCAUCCUGGAGAAUCCUAUUGUGAUCCAAGCGGGACAAGAUCUUCACGGCUUGGUCAACGUAGGCAACACCGGGAAUAUUGAUGGCGACGAGGUUAUACAAGUCUACAUUCAGUGGAUGAAUGCCACUCAACCGACUCCACAGCUGCAGCUGGCCUGGUUCGAUCGAGUCACGAUCCCUGGCAAUGGUGAAGUGAAUGUUAAUUUCACCGUCUCUGCCGAAAGUAUGGCAGUGUGGGUGGACAACAAAGGCUGGGUGGUGGAUGAAGGUGAGAUGUUGCUUUAUGUUGGAGGUCAACAGCCAAACAAGAAGAAGCAAAUAAGUUCCAACGUUCUCAGCAAUACCUACAAGAUCGAUGGAUCUAAAUUUUUGGGACGAUAUUAGAAUAUUGCACACACGUCUGUAGCGUAACUGUCAUAAACAGUGUGGUUAUAUACUACUCAAAACAAGUUGAGGACAUCCUGACAGAUUAAAUAUAGUACAGUGAACUACGUUACAACGAACUCAAAGGGACCAUUCACUUUAAUUCGUUAUAACCGUAGUUCGUUAUAAGCAUAUAUACAGCAAAUGGACGGGACCAAAAAAACCGGUUAAUUACAUCCGUCAGUUCAGCGUGUUCGUCAUAAACGUAGUUUAGUGUAAUAUGAACGAAUCAGGUCGUCCUUAAUUUUGUUUGAGCAGUAUACAUAUCUAAGAAGGUUAUGACUAUUCAAUAAAGAAAACGAUUUGUGUCAAAUUAUUUUUAAUUAUAGAUUGUAUUUACAUAUUACAAGUAUAUCAUCUUGAAUGCUGGCGGACAAAAGAUAUACCAAACUAACAUUAGGAGUGAAUAAAUACCUGUUACAUGUGAAAUAAUGAACUGAUCAUGAUUUUAUCAGGAUAUCCGACGUCGAGAGCAACGCCACAAAUAAAUAUACACAAAGAUACAAGUAAAGCACACCCUAUUAUAUUUCAAUAUUGUUUGGACCCAAUAUUU